AAUCAUUACUUUAGUUGAUAAUUAAAGGGAUAAUUAUAUAUAAACAACUGAAUUUAUAAACCAGAUAUUAAGAAUAAUCCCCAUCAAUACUGACAAGACAAGAUAUUUAGUUCCUGUCUUUGAACAUUUUUAUUGACAAAUAUUAAGAAUUAACUAAUGUUUCAAUAAUUUUUGAAUAACAACUUAUAAAAUAAUACAUUGUUAAAAAAACAUACAACGAAAUAAGAAGAUAAACUUUCAAUAUUUUCUCCCUUCAAGAUUAGAUGCUUUUCCGAAAGAGAGAGGGGCGAGGGGACCUCGAAUUUGAAAGAGAGAAUCUAUCUAUCUCUUACGCGUAGUGGUAAAUGAAUAUGGAAACUUUUCCAUGCUGCUUACUGAAAUUUAUAGGCAUUUGUGGUCGCCAAAUUUACACCAAUCUCUGUAGCCACCCAUUGAUUCUUCAAAACUAUCACACACAAAAAAAAAUUCAAAGAGAAAAAAAAUAGAACCUCCUACUUAAUAGCAUCUUGCUCUCGACUUUUUUAGAUCAAGCUAUUCUCGUGACCCUUUUAUUUUUUUCGCCCCUUUUGUCUCCUCCUCUCAACAAUCUUUGCUGUCUUUGCUCUCGUCUCUUAGAAAAGUAAAAACAGAGCAAAGGCCAUGGCUUCCGGCACGAGCCUGCAUCGCAUAUUUGAAAACCCGUUGCCUGAAAACCCAACGCUUAUGCAAUCCCUUUCGUUGAACCAAAUUAGAACCAUCAGACCCACUGACGAUUCCUCCUUUACGGAGUUAUUUGGUGAACUCCAUUUCAAGGAGAGUCCUCAACCCUCCUCUUCAUCUCCCUUUCUUCCAACUUCACCAUCAUUAGACCUUGGCUCUGACAUAAACCAAACCUCUGUUGCAAGCACCCCAGAGGAUCUUGAUUUCGAGAAUCCAUUGCCACAAAGCCCAACUCUGCUUGAAUCCCUCUCGUUCAAUAAAAUUAGAUCCGCCAGACCCGUUGACGGAUCUUCGAUUACUGAAUUAUUUGGUGAACUCCAUUUCAAUGAAAGUCCUACACAAUCCCCUUCUUCAUCUGACCCUGUUUCUACUUCACCAUCAACAGGCCUUCAAAAGCCUGAUCAUAAAGAUGUUCUCGACUCAAAACAGAGCACACCGGAAUCAAAACAUAUCAUACGUCACAAGAGUAGCGAUAGUUUUUCAUCUUUUAAUUCUGAUAGUCUGCAUUUUUGCACAGAGGGCCUCGGUUUUGAGAGCUCAGACGAUACGGAAGAGUUGAAAGCAGGAAUGGAUGAGUGUUGUUGGGAAACUCAAAGCGAGAAAGUGGGUAUCAAGAAGAAUAAUUUCGCUCCAGAAGAUUCAUAUGGAGAGUGCAGAAAGUCAAGGAUCAGGGGGCUAGAGUUCCCUCCUCCUAUUUCAUGCAUAGGGAGCACUGGGAAGCCUUGGGUUUGGUUCAAGUCUUACAGGGACAAAGGUAGAUUUGUUUUGAAAGAAAUAAGAAUACCCACACGGGAGUUUCUUUACGCUAAUAGAGAAGAUGGAAGGCUGAAGCUGCGCUUUGUGCUGCCGGAUGAUGAAUUUCUGGAAGAACAGAAUGAGGAACAAGAGGAUGAUGAUGAUGCAGAAAGUAGAGACGAGGAAGAAAAAGAUGAUGAUAUAGCAAGUAUAGAUGAGGAUGAAGAGAACACGGAAAAAGAAAACUUUGAUUGUGUAGGAGAUCAGGGUAACGAAGUAUGAGGGAUUGAUGCGGGAGCCAAUUCAUGAAACGCAGGAAGGCUAAAAUAAAAUAGAUUGUACUAUGCUUUUUUACUCUAAUCUACGUGCUACGGUUCUACGUUUUCUCA